CCUCCGCUCCGUUCAGACGUGUCUGGGUUUGCUCGGGGUCAGCCUGGCUUCCGGACACGGGUGUUGUUGUGGUGGUGAGGGGGAGAUGUUUUCCUCCUCCUGCUGCCGGGAUUAAGCGGCGACUCGCCUUGUUUGUUCCUCCGGGCGCUUGCGCCCUCCCCGCUGGCCUUUGAUGACGAGCCGCCGCUCUUGCUAGACGGCCCCGUUUGAUGGGGAAAAAAAAAAAAGGAUGGUUUAGGCUAGACGCGAGUCAGGGACUCCGAGGAGGAGGAGGAGGAGGGGGAGGUCGGCGCCUGGGAGGCCUCCUCCCGGCGGGCGGGUGGUAGAACAGGUAAAACGCCAUGGACUCCAGGCUGGGGUGACACUGCCCGAAGGAGACUCGGGGCUUCUUUUGGGAGCCUUUUAAUUGGGGUGCGAGGGUGAGUGCAGAAAAGGGGAGGGGGGUUAGCUUUUGUUGCCUUGAGCUUUUGGCCCCGGCAGGUUUAUAAAUAGUUCGGUUCAGACGCCGUGUCAAAGGAGGACACCCUGGCAAGGGAGGCAAGCCAGUUCCACCGAGAGAGAGAGAGAGAGAGAGAGAGAGAAGCAGACACCCUGCUUUUAGCUUCUCCCCCUCCAUCCAACUGCUGUUGCCACCACACAAUGAAUGCCAGGAGGAGGAGGAGGAGGAGGAGGUCUGGACGCUACCGAUUCUUGUAAGCCGCCAAGGAGAGAGAAAAAAAGCUGGAUCCCCUCCCUCCCUUUCUUUUGGGGACACCGACCUCCCCAGGGAAGAGGAAGACAACAGGAGGAAUCUGGUGGUGAGAGAAGCCACAUCAGGGCGGAAGGAAGAAAAACAGCUGGGGAAGCCGAAGGACUCUUUUUUUUUUUUUUUUGGCUGGGACCCGAGAAAAGGGGGAAGAGAAGAUUGGCGUGAAAAUGAAGCCGGAUCGAGACACCUUAGAUGAAUACUUUGAGUACGAAGCUGAGGAAUUCCUUGUCAACUUGGCCUUGUUGAUUACUGAAGGCAGAACACCUGAAUACUCGAUUAAGGGCAGGACCGAAGGCUUCCACUGCCCUCCAGCACAGUCAAGUCAACCAACAACAAGUAAACAUGAAUGCAGUGACAGAUUGGCCCAGUGCCGUCAAGCUAGGCAUACCCGAUCCGAAGUUGCAUUGCUGUGGAAGAAAAAUAUUCCUAUCAUGAUAGAAGUGAUGCUACUUCCAGACUGUUGCUAUAGCGAUGAAGGACCCACGACUGAAGGGAAUGACUUAAAUGAUCCUGCAAUCAAGCAAGAUGCACUGUUGUUGGAAAGAUGGAUUUUAGAGCCAGUCCCACGGCAGUAAGUUGUUGUUGUUAUUAUUAUUG